AUGGACGAAGCUAGCAAUCCCAAAGGAUGGACCGAUCGUGAGAUCCUCUCCAGCCUCUUGUAUCUCAUCCAAAAGGACAACAUCACUCUUGACUGGGAUGGUGGUCUCUACGCUGCUGGUCGCACUGCCAGCGGCUUCAAGCAGAAGACCAACAAGCUCAUCAGGGCGUUUAGGCCAGAGUGGGAUGCCAUGACGUCCGGUGCACCAGCCCCUCAGGCCACUCCCAAGAAGUCACCUGCUACUCCUCGCAAGCGCAAAUCCAAGGUCGACCAGGAGGACAGCGAGGAUGUUCCGAGUGUCAAGAAGCCGCGAGGCAGGCCGAGGAAGAAGGCUGCUACACCCAAGAGUGAGGAUGACGAGGUGGACUUGGACGUCAAGACUGAGCCAAAGGAGGAGACGGAGGAGCAGAUUUAUGACAUUGAUGCGGACGUUUGA